AGAGCAAAUAAAGAGAAAAAGAGGAAGAACAGUUGCAUAGGAAGCCUCUCUUUUAAGCACCUGCGUCUCUCAUGAGAUUCUCUCUACUCAGAAAUGAACAGAGGGCUCAAAGGAGCUUCGUGUUCAGAGAGAAAGAACCCAUUCCCGGCCUUGUGUUCGCAAGCGACGGGGAAAAGAAGUUGAGCGGGAAAGUUCAUCAACUGUCGUGAUCAUAUAAAACUACUAAGGGUCAGUACAUUGAUGGAGUUGAUGGCACCGGUAAACUCUGGAAUCGCAGCGUUUGAGAUGGAAUAUGGGCACUGGGUAGAUGAACAGAAUAGGCUGAUGUGUGAGCUGAGGAAUGCUCUGAAUGCACACUUGAAUGAACUGGAGCUUCAGGUGCUCGUAGAGAACAGUAUGAAGCAUUACUUCGAACUUUUCCAAAUGAAAAAGGUCGCUGCAAAAGCCGACUCUUUCAAUAUUAUGUGCGGGUUGUGGAAGACUCCGUUCCAGCGCUUCUUCCUCUGGAUCGGAGGAUGUCGUCCCUCGGAGCUUCUCAAGGUGCUCAUGCCUCAGCUCCAUCCUCUAGCCGACCAGCAAUUUUUCGAUGUGCGUAACUUGAGGCAGUCAUGCCAACAGGCCGAGGAUGCUCUCUCCCAGGGCAUGGACAAGCUGCAGCAAACCCUAGCAGAGACCGCAGCCUUCGGCCGGAUGGGUUAUGCAGCAUUUGGUCCGCCGAUGUCUCGGGCAGUCAAGAGGUUGGAAGCUUUGAUCAGCUUUGUAAAUCAGGCUGAUCAUCUUCAGCAGGAGACUUUGCUGCAAAUGUCCCGAAUCCUAACAACCCGGCAAGCAGCUCAGGGGCUUCUGGCACUGGCGGAGUACUUCCAAAGACCCCGGACUUUAAGUUCUCUUUGAGCGGCUCACCCCUGGGAACCCGCUCAGCAAAGAGCCUCGGAGCAGAACAUUGUUAUGAGAUAACAUCAUCAGUUCCUGGAUAAACGCCAUCAAAAUAAGCAGCACUAUCAGCAUCCUUCUGUGAUUGCAGCUGCAGACAUUCUUAUUACAGAGUUUGUGCUGCAGAUAAUUUUUGAGGUGGCCUCCGCAGAUUGAACCUGUAAUUAUUGGGAUAGCAAUUCGCUCGGUGAGGUGGCUAUUUUCCGACUUAGUUUUCGUGGCUGCAGUAGAUUUUGUUUCGGAACAUGUCCUUUCAAGUUUUGGCUGAAGUUAAGCCUCUUACCAGCGGUCCAUAGGUUCAUGUUUUUGUCACGGAGUGUUCAGACAUUUUGUAAAGAUGACUAUUGCUGGUAAAUUUUUCCAGGUUAUUAUUGACAAUUGAAUUUGGUGCUUUUAUUUUUCA